UUUUACACAUUCGACUUUGUGACGUGUGCAAUUCCACAAUAAUAACAAUUUUACAACAAUUACAACAAGAGACAGCAGGCAGUUCUCAGUGCCGACCGAGUUCGAGUACGAAAACAUCAAUAAAUUUAUUCGAAAAUCCACCUAUCAAGCUCCAAACACCUAAAAUCAGCUCCGAACACCAGCAUGGAGCACAUUAUGAACUCGUUUAUACCGCCCGCUUAUUUGUUGGGCCACACGGCCGGCCAUUCUGUGGCCACCUCGCCAGCCACAUCGCCCGGCGGCGGCGUUGCCGUCGGCACCGGCAGCGGCGGCUCUUCAAAACCGAAGCGCUGGGGCUCCCCACCCAUCAACCUGGCUGGCCAGUUCAUCAAUCCAGCGACGGGCAAGAAGCGCGUUCAAUGCUCCAUCUGCUUCAAGACCUUCUGCGACAAGGGCGCCCUCAAGAUUCACUUCUCGGCCGUCCAUCUCCGUGAGAUGCACAAAUGCACGGUGGAGGGCUGCAACAUGGUCUUCAGUUCGAGACGCUCGCGUAAUCGUCACAGUGCCAAUCCGAAUCCCAAGCUGCAUUCGCCGCACAUACGCCGCAAGAUCUCGCCCCACGAUGGACGGACGGCCCAACAGUUUCCAGUGUUUCCGAUUCCGCCGGCGGCGGCGGCGGCUCGUCUGCCCGCCUUCCCUGGCCUCUUGCCUGCUCCUGGCUAUGUGCCCACACAUCCCUCAGCAGCAGCGGCCGCUGUAAUGUUUGGAGAGUUCGGAGGCCAGCCGGGAGCAGCGCUGCAUAGUCUGCUGGCAGGACGACAGGAGCAUCUCUUCACAACCCACCAUGGCGAUGCCGACGCCGAUGUUGAUGAUGAAGGCAUGUACAUGUACAUGGCCAAUACGUCCACAGGCAGCCCUGCCAGCGAGGAGGCGGAGGAUUAUUGUCGCGAGCUCGAAGAUGCCGAGGCGAAUACAACCAGAGAGGACAUUGACUGCAGUCGCUCCACAGAAGCCGGCCAACCGGCAGCCAGCAUGAAUAGCAGACAGCGACAGUGCGAUGUGGAAAGCCGUGGCGAGGAGGACGACUAUCAGGAGGAUGAGGACGACGACGAUGAACAGGGGAAUGACGCACAGAUGCGUUGCACCAGCAAUGAUGCGGAGCAACCGCUUGACUUUAGUCUCCACAAACGUCGUCUGGAGGACUCAGCGGACUCAUCUGUGAAAGCCCCCUGUUCGCCCAGCUCCCCGCCCACAUCCUCCCUACACAGCAGUGGCUUCUCAAUGGACAGCUUGCUGGGCAAGCGGAGGCGACACAACAGCAAUAGCGUCACCUCGUCGCAGGAUUCCCACGCCAUCAGCAUCAAGAUGGAGCUGGACAUUGAACAGGACAGCGUCGACUCAAAUUCUCACACCCAAGCCCAUGCCCAUGCCCAUGCCCACUCCAACGCCCAUGGUCACGCCCACAUCCAUGCUCCAGUCCACCCGCUGGCCCACAGUCCAGACGCGCGCUGCAUCGACCUGAGAAAACAUCUGCCCGUCACUUUGCCCGCAACCUCGCCACAAAGCCCGGAGAAUCUCAGCCAGCCACCACAAGCGCUACUUUUUGGCUCCGAGGAGCAACAACACCACCACUUCCGGCUCCUGCAAACGCAAAUGUUUGCGGCCGCGGCCGCAGCUGCCAAUCUGAGCGCAGCCCCGGGUGCUACCUUGCCGCCCAAGGAAUCGCCACCCAUGUGGAAUCUACUCUCCGAGGUCUAUCGCUCCAUGCUGCUCAGCAACAAUCUGAAAUCCCAGCAGCAAUAUAAUGAAGUUCCGCCCAGUAAUGCCGCCAAUGCGGCCAUCUCUGUCUAA